AUGCCCCAGGUAAAUUCGAACGAAAAGACGACCAGACAGUCGUCCGCAGGCAAAGGAGGCUUCUUCAGACGCAACCGAGACACCAAGGGUGACGGCCGAUAUGAUGGAGGUGGAAGUCUGGAUUCCUCCAACACCAAUGGCUCGUGGGGGUCGCGUCAUUCGAAAAGAGAGUCGGUAGCCUCCAACGACGGCCAGGACGCCGACACGUUGGGUCUCAACAUGACCGCCGGCGUCAUUACUUCGAUCCCUUACUCUGCUACCACCUCGGGUGGCCACGCGCCCGUGGCGAUCGAAUAUCUCCCGCGCGACGACCAAGUGCCCGCGCGAAAGGAACCUCAACCCUUUCAACUCGCCAGGGGAUCGGACUUUCACCAAUACCCAGCCAUCAAUGGCAUGUCAAAUGGCUCGUCCCACCCUACCGGGCCUCGCCCGCCUCCUCAGGCGACAAGCAAUAGCACGGGUGGCAUCACAAUGGCGUCGAGCCAAGCAGGUGAUAGGGGCACAAAAUAUCAACAAUGGGGCCGACCUGGAAGCAGCAACGGGACCCAGCACGGGACGUAUGAUUCAGUGUCCACCAAUGACUCGUACUCGAUGUCAGGCCAAAGACGGUCCUUUGAUGGCGCCAGCAUAAAGUCGACGGCGUCCACGGCCACGAGGGGUUCGAGCCUCUUCACCUCCGAGAGUUCAACCAGAACAGCCAUGCCCUCACGCCAAGAUUCCGACUCGUCGGUAACAGUGAUUUCCCCGACUCAUUCCAGGCUUUCGAAGAUCAGUUCGCACUCGGGGUGGCCGGCUCAACAAGCUUCACCCUUUAGUUCGACCACGUCUUUCACCCCCGCGGGUUUCUAUCUCCCCAAGCCGCAGAGCGACGCUGAAAUCGAACAAUUGUUCCUGCAGCUCAUGCACAAGCGUGGAUGGCAGAAUCUGCCCGAGCAGGCGAGGCGACAAAUGAUGGCAUACGCGCCGGCAAAGAAAUGGACUCUCGUGCACCAGGACAAGCUGACGGAAUGGCAAGGCGAGCAGAAGCGACGACAGCAGGCUCGACAGACCGGCACGGUCGACGGUCCCAUCGCAAAGGACGUUGAAGGCACGCCAGAAUGGUUUGUCAAGCGUAUCCUGGACAACACUAUCACGUCGAAGCAGCUGCAGAGUCUGAGUGUCAGUCUGCGCACGCAGCCGAUCAUCUGGGUCAAGGCAUUUAUUGAAGCACAAGGUCAAAUUGCCUUGACCAGCGUGCUGACGAAGAUCAAUCGACCUCAGGCCAAUGGCCCAGCUCCAGCGAAUAAUGCCAACUCUAGCGAUAAAGACCUGGAACGGGAGUACGAUAUCGUCAAAUGCCUCAAGGCACUGAUGAACAACAAGUAUGGCGCCGACGAUGCCUUGAAACACGACCAGGUCCUUAUUUCUCUGGCGGCGUGUCUCAUUUCGCCGAGAUUGACGACCCGAAAGCUCAUCAGCGAGAUCCUCACAUUCCUCUGCCAUUGGGAUGAAGGCCAGGGCCACCUCAAAGUGCUCCAGUCUAUGGACAAGGUCAAGAAUCAAAUGAGCGAAAACGGUCGUUUCGAUGCGUGGAUGCGAAUCGUCGAAGUCACCAUCGAUGGUCGCGGCAAGAUGGGCAGCAUGGUGGGCGCAAGCGAAGAGGUUCGAAGCGGUGGUAUUGGCAUGGAAAAUCUUCUCAUGGAAUACGCCGUGGCGACCCUUGUCCUCAUCAACAUGUUGAUCGAUGCCCCGGAACGGGACGUGCAACUACGAUGCCAUAUACGAGCUCAAUUCAUCGCAUGUGGUAUCAGGCGGAUUUUGACCAAGAUGGAAUCGUUCCAGUACGAGGUGAUCGACAAACAGAUUGCCAAGUUCCGGGAAAACGAAGCCAUCGACUACGAGGAUAUACUACAACGGGAUGGUAGCAGUAUGGUCGAGAGCAUCGAGGGCGACGUCAAGGACAUGACGGAUCCAAUGCAAAUCACAGACGCGAUCAUGCAGAGGAUCCAGGGUUCGAGGUCGCAAGACUACUUCAUCUCGGCGAUGCAGCAUAUGAUGAUACUUAGGGAGAACAACGCAGAAGACCGCUUAAGGAUGUUUCAGCUUGUGGAGUCGAUGCUCAGCUACGUUGCGAUGGACAGGCGGUUGCCCGAUCUGGAUUUGAAGCAGAGCUUGAAUUUUACGGUGCAGAGUCUGAUGGACAAGUUGCAUACCGACGACGAGGCCAGAAUUGCUUUCGAUGAAGCCACGGAAUCGAGGCAGAUUGCCGAAGCAGCGCUCGCUGAACGAGACGAAAUGGCCGCCCAGAUUGCCAUGGGCGCUGACGGGCUGGUCGCCAAACUGCAGAAGCAGAUUGAGGAGCAAGCUGGCAUAAUCGAAAUGCAACAAAGGCAGGCCGAAUCACUCAAGUCCGAAGUAGCAGACCUUCAACGGAUCCGAGCCCAAGAAUUGCAGAGGAAUGAGUUGGAGACAAGAGAGCUCUACCUGAUGCUUCGCGAUGCUCAAGACGUUGCAGCUUCUCGGGCUGGUAAGGAGGGGGCAGCGGUCCAAGAUCCAGCUCAGCUGCAAGGCAUUUUGGACAGGCAGCAGUUGAUGGACCGUCUGGAGCGCAACCUGGAGCGGACCAAGACACAGUUCAAGCUUGAAGGAAAGGUUUGGAACCAGACCGGACCCUCCGACCGGCUUAGGGAGCUUCGUGAGCAGAUGGACGAUGCCAUUGACGCCGAUUUCCAGGAGAAGACCAAGCGACACCUCACGACAAGUGUUAUGGGAAGCGUCCAUCGAAGUAAUGCUCAUAAGGGACCUCGGAGAGCAGCACUGGAGGCGUUUGCGAUCAGCGAGGAGGCCGAGCAAGAGUCAGAUUUCGACGACGAUGUCGUCUACGAGAAGCCAAGACUUGUGGAGUUCAAGAGACCGAAGAUUACCGCAGAACAGCAGAACCAGCAGAAUAACCUGCUCGGCGAACUGGCCUCAAAGUUCAAAAAGAUCGACGACGACAGCGACGAAGCACCCGCCGAUGCCGAUGCGGAAGACGCUGGUGUCACAACUGGUCCUACACAUCCAAGCCUGGAGUCCGAGUCCCCCCGAACGCCGCCCGACGAGGGACGAGCAGAGGAGGCCAAAUUUAACGGUCCUCCUCCACCACCUCCCCCACCACCACCACCUUCUGGUCCAGGUUCUACAAGCCCUGCGUUGAUUCCUGGAUUCGAAGCUGGAGCUCCUCCGCCACCGCCUCCACCUCCACCUCCCGGCAUGCCCGUCUCUCCUUCCAUACCCGGAUUCACUGGAGGCCCUCCCCCGCCUCCGCCACCACCUCCUGGCUCAUUGCCUAUGAGCCCCUCAUCUCCGAUACCACCGCCUCCUCCGGGAGCUCCUCCCAUGCCGGGUCCUCAACACGGACACUUCUUACCUCAGUCACCUAUUGCUGCCGUGCCUAUGCUCAAGAACCCUGUCAUGCGUCCAAAGAAGAAGCUCAAGGCGUUCCAUUGGGACAAAGUCGACACGCCUCAAGUCACCGUCUGGGCCGAGAACGCAAGCAACGAAUCUAAAGAAGAGAAAUACCGCGAACUUCAACGCAAGGGUGUCCUUGACGAGGUCGAGAAGCUCUUCAUCGCCAAGGACAUCAAGAUAAUCGGCGGGGCUGGUAGCAAAGGCAAGAGUGACAAGAAGCAGAUCAUCAGCUCUGAUAUGAUGCGGAAUUUCCACGUCUCGAUGGCCAAGUUCAAGAAUGACUCCGCUGACGAUGUCGUGCGAAAGAUCAUUCAAUGCGACAGGGAGGUGCUCGAUAACAACGUGGUCAUGGAUUUCCUGCAGCGAGAAGAUCUCUGCACCAUUCCCGAGAACAUUGCCAAGCUGAUGGCGCCGUAUAGCAAGGACUGGACCGGACCGGACGCUUUGACAUCGAAGCGUGAGCAAGAUCCGUCCGAGUUGACCAGGGAAGAUCAGAUCUAUCUGCAGACGGCAUAUGAGCUGCACCAUUACUGGAAAGCGAGGAUGCGAGCUCUUGCUCUGACACGAAGCUACGAACAAGAGUACGAUGACAUCUCCGCCAAGCUGAAGGAAGUGGUCAAUGUCUCCGAAGCUAUCCGUGAUUCGACAUCUCUCAUGAACGUCCUGGGUCUCAUUCUUGACAUUGGAAACUACAUGAACGAUUCCAACAAGCAAGCUUCCGGCUUCAAGCUCAGCUCUCUUGCUCGGUUGGGCAUGGUCAAGGAUGACAAGAACGAAACGACAUUUGCUGAUCUCAUUGAACGGAUUGUUCGGAAUCAAUAUUCAGAGUGGGAGCCUUUUGUCGAAGAGAUUACCGGUGUCGUGGCCGCCUCGAAACUCAACGUCGACCAGCUUCGGCAAGACGCGAAGAAAUACAUCGAGAACAUCAAGAACGUCCAGUCUUCUUUGGAUGCCGGCAAUCUGAGUGACCCUAAGAAGUUCCAUCCUCAAGAUCGAGUUGCGCAGGUUGUGCAAAGGUCUAUGAAAGAGGCCAGGCGCAAGGCGGACCAGCUUCAACUAUACCUGGAAGAGGCUUCAAGGACGUAUGACGAUAUUAUGACCUUCUUCGGCGAAGACAACCAAGAUGAGAAUGCUCGGCGAGAGUUCUUCGGCAAACUGGGUGGUUUCGUCACCGAGUGGAAGAAGUCGCGAGAGAAGAACGUGGUGUUGGAGGAGAACAAGCGGCGGCUCGAGGCCAGCUUGGCAAGAAAGCGAGCCGCCGGCACUGCAAAUGCAAGUGGCGGAGCAAGUGGUGCCGAGACCCCUGGCAGUCCUCCAGCGAACGGUGCGAUGGAGACGCUGCUUGAGAAACUGCGGGCUGCGGCACCCCAGGUCAAGGAUCAGCGUGACCGUAGGAGGCGUGCUCGGCUCAAGGAACGGCAUGACCUGAGGGUCGCGAGUGGCCAACAGCUUCCGGAGCUGCCAGUCAAAGAUGGUGUUGAGGAGAGUCGUGGUCUCACUAUCGCAGAAAGAUUGACCGACGACAACCUCAGCACGGAUGGCGCCAGCGGCAAGGGCGAUGUCAGCGAAAGCGAGGAUGUGGCCGAUCGAGCAUUGAGAGCACUGCAGGAAAUGCGAAGUUCGGCCCCCUCAGCUGGCGACGAGAUCGAUGUCCGAAGGAGAAGGGACGGAGCCGAUGAAGAACGCAAGGCCAGGAGAAUGAGACGCCGGACCGCACAACAGAGCACGGGCAGCGUGGGGAGGAACUCGGCCAUGCAGUCACCAACAGAGUCGACGACCAAGCUAGAUGGUGGGAAUGACGAGACUUCACCGACCGAGGACAAGCGGUCUUCUGGCGGGACAUUGAGUCCCGUCGCCUCGCAGCCUCCACCGGAGAUCAUUGUUAGCCCUACGCCAGAUGACGACGACGACGGGCGAGGAAACAACGGUGAAAAGAAGGAGGAUUGA